UCUCUUUCUCCCCUUCAUCUCACCUCCAGCCAGCCGGAGCAGCCUUCUCCUCUUGGAUCGCACAGCCCGCCUGCUCUCGUCCACUUUCUCUUUCUCUUCAUACCUCUUACUCUCUCUGCUGUCUCCUGUCUUUUAGCUCUUUUCUCUCUCUUUCUCUCUUUCUGUCCUCCACUUCUCUCCAGCCGGCAGAAGCUUGCACGCGUGCCACUCUUCCUUCAACUACUGAGGAUUCAGAAGCACUCGGGACUAAGACCCUGUCACCGGAGCCAAGAUGGCAAUGAGCAGCAUCCUCAACACUGAUGACAUCAAGAAAGCCCUUGAUGCAUUUGCAGUUGCUGACUCCUUUAACCAUAAGAAGUUUUUCGAGAUGGUUGGUCUGAAGACCAAGUCUUUUGAUGAAGUAAAGAAGGUCUUCCUGGUGCUGGAUGCCGACAACAGCGGCUUCAUAGAGGAGGAGGAGCUCAAAUUCGUCCUGAAGGGUUUUGCCAGAGAUGGCAGGGACCUGACAGACAAGGAAACCAAAGAAUUUUUAAGAGCAGCCGACAAGGAUGGAGACGGCAAGAUUGGAGUGGAUGAAUUUGCUUCCCUGGUGAAAGAAUAAACAGCCGCCUAGUGUGACUGACUAGCACUCCAAGAUCACCUCACAACCACCGCUACAUCCCGACACCCGCUGGCCCUCCUUCCUCCCUAGCACCUACACCUCACCGCCCCACCCUGACUCCCAGCCCCACCAGACUGCAGCCGAUUCCUGCUACACACACACACUCCUCUUUUCUCAACCACUCCCCCACCGCUGUCUUUGCUAAGUGCCAUUCUGCACUUUAGGAAGUAAGCUGUGGUAUGCCACGCCCUCACACACACGCCUCCUCAAAUGUCCCCUCGCCUAUAUCCAUACUAUUUAUUUUAUCCUUUUUAUACAAACUGUUCUAUUUUCUGUUCAUGUAUAGAUAUAAAAACAUGUCUGCAGGAAUAAACCUCACGUUUUAAAGCAUUUCAAGUAGAUAGUUAAAGAAAAAUAGAGAUUAUAAGAGGAAGACUCUAAUGUCCUUCUGUAUUUCUGACUUCAGCCUCUUAGCCAACACUUCCACACUUUCUUUCUCCCUUUUUUCUGUUUUUCUCUUCCCUCUGCCCGGCACUGUUCCCUUCCUGCAUUCGACCCCCUCUCUCCCUUUCACACCAUCACCCCAUCUAUCCAUCCAUCCAUCCAUCCAUCUAUCUAUCUAUCUAUCCAUCCCUUUAUCAUCUGGUAAUGAGUUGUUGUAAAACAUACCAAAAGAAGAAAGAGGUCAAGCUGUGAAAAAAUUCAAUAAAAUGAGUAAAAAAAACAACAACUCGAGAACACUGA